GAACUCCGUUUUGAGAGUUCGCCUUCAUCGCUGAGGAUAAACUUAGAAGGACAGAAGCAGUUCUGUUUCGUUACAUAUCAAAAUCUUAUGUCAAAGUAUGCGCGCAGGAAGGGGUCCUGAGCCCUGCAGUCCCCCACCGUGGGGAAAUACUCCUGGUAAUCUCCUCGAAAAUUGUUUCGACCAGCAGGGGUCACUAUGAAGGCUGGCUUGAACCCAAAACACCACGGGCCAAAACAUCCAAACCAGACAGCUCCGUAAGGGUUCAAGGAAGGAGUGCAGUUUCAAGAGGACAGUUUGGAUCUUAAUUAGAAUUGUUUUGGUACAAUGAAGAGAGUCAACUGUAACUUGACAAUCGACGUCUUCAGAAACGCGAAAUACGUUCGCCUCAAGGAAUAUUGGGUCUUCUGCGCGGCCGUAGAUCUCCGCCAAGUGCGCCUGCGCGGAAGAGAAGAGGCGUCGAGUCCGGCAGGCAGUGGAGAGAACUGCGGUAGUGACCCUCGGACCUAAGCAUGAAGACGCGGUUUAGCACCAUUGACCUCCGCGCGGUACUGGCGGAGCUGAACGCUAGCUUGCUAGGAAUGAGAGUAAACAAUGUUUAUGAUGUGGAUAAUAAGACAUACCUUAUUCGUCUUCAAAAACCAGACUUUAAAGCUACACUUUUACUUGAAUCUGGCAUACGAAUUCAUACGACAGAAUUUGAGUGGCCUAAGAAUAUGAUGCCGUCUAGUUUUGCCAUGAAGUGCCGAAAACAUUUGAAGAGUCGGAGAUUAGUCAGUGCGAAACAACUUGGUGUGGAUAGAAUUGUAGAUUUUCAAUUUGGAAGUGAUGAAGCUGCUUAUCAUUUAAUCAUUGAGCUGUAUGAUAGGGGGAACAUUGUUCUUACAGAUUAUGAGUACGUAAUUUUAAAUAUUCUAAGGUUUCGAACUGAUGAGGCAGAUGAUGUUAAAUUUGCUGUUCGUGAACACUAUCCACUUGAUCAUGCUAGAGCUGCUGAACCUUUGCUUACUUUGGAAAGAUUGACUGGAAUAAUAGCCAGCGCACCUAAGGGUGAACUACUGAAGAGAGUGCUUAACCCAUUACUUCCCUAUGGACCAGCUCUCAUUGAACACUGUCUUAUAGAAAAUGGAUUCUCGGGUAAUGUCAAAGUGGAUGAAAAACUUGAAACUAAAGGUCAUGGAGGGAAAGGGGAUGAUUCAAUAAAAGCUACUGGGACAAUACGCUGGUCAAAAUAUAUUGAAAAAAUACUUGUUUGUCUGCAGAAAGCAGAAGACUAUAUGAAAACAACAUCCAACUUCAGUGGGAAGGGAUAUAUCAUUCAGAAAAGAGAAACAAAACCAAGUCUGGAAGCAGAUAAACCAGCUGAAGACAUACUCACGUAUGAGGAAUUUCAUCCUUUCUUGUUUUCUCAACAUUCACAAUGUCCAUAUAUAGAAUUUGAAUCAUUUGACAAGGCUGUGGAUGAGUUUUAUUCCAAGAUAGAAGGCCAGAAAAUUGACUUAAAAGCUUUACAACAGGAAAAGCAAGCAUUGAAGAAAUUAGAUAAUGUUCGAAAGGAUCAUGAAAACAGAUUGGAAGCUCUUCAGCAGACUCAGGAAAUAGACAAACUGAAAGGAGAGCUCAUAGAAAUGAACCUACAAAUAGUUGACAGAGCCAUUCAGGUAGUUCGAAGUGCUUUAGCUAACCAAAUAGAUUGGACAGAAAUUGGGUUAAUUGUGAAAGAAGCCCAAGCUCAAGGAGACCCUGUUGCAAGUGCAAUCAAAGAAUUAAAACUACAAACAAAUCAUGUUACAAUGCUGCUAAGAAAUCCAUACUUGUUAUCAGAGGAGGAAGAUGAUGAUGGUGACGUCAGUGUUGAGAAAAAUGAAACCGAACCACCAAAAGGAAAAAAGAAAAAGCAAAAGAAUAAACAGCUGCAGAAGCCUCAGAAAAAUAAGCCAUUACUUGUAGAUGUUGAUCUCAGCUUGUCAGCAUAUGCCAAUGCCAAAAAGUAUUAUGAUCACAAGAGAUACGCUGCUAAGAAAACGCAAAAGACUGUUGAAGCUGCUGAGAAGGCAUUCAAAUCAGCAGAAAAGAAAACAAAGCAAACAUUAAAAGAAGUUCAGACUGUUACCUCUAUUCAAAAAGCAAGAAAAGUAUAUUGGUUUGAGAAAUUUCUGUGGUUCAUUAGCUCAGAGAACUAUCUAAUUAUAGGUGGACGAGAUCAGCAACAGAAUGAAAUAAUUGUGAAAAGAUACUUGACACCAGGAGACAUUUAUGUACAUGCUGAUCUUCAUGGAGCUACUAGCUGUGUAAUUAAGAAUCCAACAGGAGAACCCAUUCCCCCACGGACCUUGACUGAAGCUGGCACAAUGGCACUUUGCUACAGUGCUGCUUGGGAUGCACGAGUUAUCACUAGUGCUUGGUGGGUGUACCAUCAUCAGGUAUCUAAAACAGCACCAACUGGAGAAUAUUUGACAACAGGAAGCUUCAUGAUAAGAGGAAAAAAGAAUUUUCUUCCUCCUUCAUAUCUAAUGAUGGGAUUUAGCCUCCUUUUUAAGGUAGAUGAGUCUUGUGUUUGGAGACAUCGGGGUGAGCGAAAAGUCAGAGUACAGGAUGAAGACAUGGAGACGCUGGCAAGUUGCACAAGUGAACUCGUAUCAGAAGAAAUGGAACAAUUAGAUGGAGGUGACACUAGCAGUGAGGAGGAUAAAGAGGAACAUGAAACUCCUCCUGUAGACAUAGAACUCAUGACUCAGGUUGACCAAGAGGAUAUCACUGUUCAGAGUGGUAGAGAAGAACUAAAUGAGGAACUCAUUCAGGAAGAAAGCUCUGAAGAUGAAGGAGAAUAUGAAGAGGUUAGAAAAGAUCAGGACCUUGUUGGUGAAAUGAAGGAUGAAGGGGAAGAGACAUUAAAUUACCCUGAUACUACCAUUGACUUGUCUCACCUUCAGCCUCAAAGGUCCCUCCAGAAGUUGGCUUCAAAAGAGGAAUCUUCUAAUUCUAGUGACAGUAAAUCACAGAGCCGGAGACAUUUGUCAGCCAAGGAAAGAAGGGAAAUGAAAAAGAAGAAACUUCCAAGUGACUCAGAUUUAGAAGUGAUAGAGGGAAAGGACAAAGAAAAAGAAAUUACUGUGCACGUUGAAACUCAUCAGAACACAAGCAAGAAUGUUACAGCUGUGCAGCCAAUGAAACGAGGACAAAAGAGUAAAAUGAAAAAAAUGAAGGAAAAAUACAAAGACCAGGAUGAAGAAGACCGUGAACUUAUCAUGAAAUUGCUGGGGUCUGCAGGUUCAAACAAAGAAGAAAAAGGGAAGAAGGGGAAGAAAGGAAAAACAAAGGAUGAACCUGUGAAGAAACAGCCCCAGAAACUCAGAGGUGGAGAAAGGGUCUCUGACAACAUUAAGAAAGAAAGUCCAUUUCUUGAGGUUAUUACUCAUGAGUUACAAGACUUCACUGUAGAUGAUCCACAUGAUGACAAGGAAGAGCAAGAUCUGGAUCAACAGGGAAAUGAGGAAAACCUGUUUGAUUCUUUGACAGGCCAGCCACAUCCUGAAGAUGUACUGUUGUUUGCCAUUCCAAUAUGUGCCCCUUACACCACCAUGACAAACUACAAAUAUAAAGUGAAACUUACUCCUGGAGUGCAGAAAAAGGGAAAAGCUGCAAAAACAGCCUUGAAUAGUUUCAUGCAUUUCAAAGAAGCAACAGCAAGAGAAAAAGACUUAUUCCGCAGCGUAAAGAAUGGAGAAUGAAGUUAUCAUUAUUUCCAUCCUUUCAUGAGCUACAAAACUUUGGACGACACCUGCCUGUAGUGAGCAUGACCACUUGUUCCAGUGCCUACACUGAAGCAUUAAGGUCAAAGUACUAAAUAGCUGUUGAUCCCUCUAUACUUUAUUUUUCCAGCUUAGUCAUAAUGUGAAUAUUAAUGUUUUAGAAAAAAAAAAACCAGAAUCUUAUUAUAUUUACAACCAUUUAAAAAUACCUAUGUUUUUAAAAAAUGACUUCAUUUUUUUGAUGAUGGUAAGACUAUUUAGUGUCAUCAUCCUUCUACAGAUAUAUAUCCUGAAGUUACCAAAAAGGAAACAUAACCAUUCUUUGGGGUAAAAAGCCCAACCAUUACUUUUCUUUUACUUUAUAAUAGAGGACAGCUACUGGUGUUAAAUACAUUUAUUGUAAACUUUAGACACAAAAAUAGGUUCUCUAGGCCAUUCACAUGCACAUUAAAACCAAAAGUUGCAAACUACAACAAUGCAUAUAAUUAUACAAAUGAUGCCAACUCUGUGAUGUUUACAGGAUUGCUGUCCAUGCAAGGUGAUCAGAGGCAUUAUUUAUGAAGCCUUAAGAUCCAGAAGUGUUGUUACUACCAAACCUCUGAUUAACACUGUUAAGUAAGUGUUUUGGAAGGCAGUUCCAUGAGUUGGCUAACAUUUCUUUAAAACAAAUGACUGCUUCUAAACUUAGCCUAAAAAAUGAACAAGGAAAGAGAAAAGUAAUUUCACUUUACUGUUUAGAAGUACGUUCACUUGAAAAGCUACAUAAAACAUCCCUCUUUCUUAGAUUUUCACAGGAACUGGUUGUAGCAGUGACGUUGCUACUUAUUAUUGCCCUUAAAUAAUCCAUAAACCUGUUUUUUUCCUGAGAGUGGUAAGUAUUAAACAGAAUUUGAAAUAAUCUAAGUGCCAAGUACAAACUUACCGUACAAGAGAUUUUGGUUGAACUGAAAAUAUUAGUAUUUCAUUACUGUGUGCCUGAAAAAUAGAUAGGAAGAACACAUUUAAAAGCAAAUGCUUUACAAGUAAGUUUCAGUAAUAGUAUGAAGUAGUAUACUUACAGCUCUGUGAUGGACAAGCAGGUUGUUGGCACAUCCACCAAAAACAAUUACUUCUCCUUCAUCACUGGCACAAGCUGUGUGCCAUAACCUGCAUUUAAAACAAAAACUUGAGUUUGAAGUCACACAGUUGCUCAUUUUAUACUACUGAAGGGGGCUAUGAAAUAAAGACUUAGAGAUCUUAAGGUAGUUCAGAUCAAAACAUCAUGGUGAGAAGUAAAAUCUUAAGUAGCGAAAGCAAUCAAUACCUCUAUUUUAUCUGGAUAUUAUGAUUUUUAUCUCUGGUCAGUUCUCAUUUAUGCAGUGAGGAGUUUGAACUGAAUGAUGUGUUCUCUAGGUCUUUGUUAGCAAUAAAAAUCAUACGGGAGCUGA